AUGCGCGUUGAAGGGGCCGGAUUCGAGUCGGUGGAUCGCAACGUCAUCGGUCUCAGUCGGCUGGUGGGGGAGCCAAUAUCGCGUCCGGCUGGGCUUCGUAUUGCCGUCGUUGCCGCUGUUGCUGCUAUCGUAGCAGUCGGCGUGUUCUUAGUUGUCUUGUUCGUCGUCGUCGUCGUCGUCGUCGUCGUCGUCGCUGACACGAUGGCCCACUUGUCAAACUUUAGAGUGGCCGUCUCAGCACCGGUCUGCCUGUGCUUGUCGGUCUCUUGUCCAGUAGAGGUUCAGCGAGGCGCGUUUCUGUUUUACUGGUCGUCUUUGGAGUGUGAUGCAAGCGGGUAG